AUGUCUAUAGAGUCUGAGAAAAUUGAAACACCGUUGCAAGAAGUAACACCUACUGAAUCAAUCAAUACUAAAACUCCAGACCACCAAUCUGAAGUACUGCCCGAACCAAACAAAGUAGAAAAAGUAAAAUCAGAAGCAAAUAAUUCCAAACCAAAGACAACUUCAACGAUACUAAAGAUUAAAAUAAGACCUCCAAAACCACAAAAAGAAGAAUCAGUAGUUGAGGAAGAAGAAGAAGAAUCAGUAGCAGAAUUUGAAUCAUCAAUUGAUAAUUUAGAUUCAAUCGAUUUAGAUCAACAAUCACCUGAAGAAUUACAUAAAAUUUAUGAAAUUUAUCAAAAGAGAUUCAAAUCAUCAAUUAAAAAAUCAAAUAAACUAUUUGAAUCUUUAAGAAAUCAAAAUACUACAUUAUCUUAUUAUCAACGUCGAAAUCAAUCUUUUUUAACAAUACUUCAAGAUAUUGAACAACAACAACAAGAAGAAGAACAAAAAAAUAAAGAAGACAAAGGAGAUGAAUUAAUGAAUAGAAUGAAAAAAAUCAUUGAGAAAAUGCCACGUUGCAAAGAUUCUUUAAUUCCUUUUGUUGAAUUAUUUGAAAAUGAAAAAAUCAAUAAAAAUAAAUUGAUUGAUUUAUAUGUAAUUGAGAAAAUUCCUGAUUUGAUUAAUGAUGAUUUAGUUAAAUUAAAAACAAAUCCUCAAAAUAUUGAAAAUUGGUGUAUUAGAAAUAAUCCAAAUUUAAUUAAUUUAAAUUAUAAGCCUUUGACUAUUGAUAAUUUACAAGAUUAUAAUGGUGGAACUGAGUAUUUAUUAAAUUUAAAUGAUGAUUUCUUGUCAAAUCAAACAUCUUCUCAUAGAAAGAAAAGAAAACUAGAUAAAAAGUAA